AUGAAGCUCAUGGGAUCAGUGAGUCAGACAAACCUCCCCCAGGCAAGUUUCCACCUGUUUAACAACACAGCACCCAGAGGCACUCAGAAGCACCCAGAGGCACUCAGAAGCACCCAGAAGUACACAGAGCCCCCCAGAAGAACACAGAGCCCCCCAGAAGAACACAGAGCCCCCCAGAAGAACACAGAGCCACCCAGAAGAACACAGAGCCCCCCAGAAGAACACAGAGCCCCCCAGAAGAACACAGAGCCCCCCAGAAGAACACAGAGCCCCCCAGAAGAACACAGAGCCACCCAGAAGAACACAGAGCCCCCCAGAAGAACACAGAGCCACCCAGAAGAACACAGAGCCCCCCAGAAGAACACAGAGCCACCCAGAAGAACACAGAGCCCCCCAGAAGAACACAGAGCCACCCAGAAGAACACAGAGCCCCCCAGAAGAACACAGAGCCACCCAGAAGAACACAGAGCCACCCAGAAGAACACAGAGCCACCCAGAAGAACACAUAGCCACCCAGAAGAACACAGAGCCCCCCAGAAGAACACAGAGCCCCCCAGAAGAACACAGAGCCCCCCAGAAGAACACAGAGCCACCCAGAAGAACACAGAGCCCCCCAGAAGAACACAGAGCCCCCCAGAAGAACACAGAGCCACCCAGAAGAACACAGAGCCACCCAGAGCCAACAAUAGACACACACAGACAAAGUGGAACAGGCUAUCACAUGUCUGAAUAGGCCUACAGACUGAUAUGACUAAGUAAAAGCUUUCAAUUCCCUGUUGGUACGUUUUUCAGGAAGAACUGAUGGUAUCUUAUUUAGUAGGGCUAUAGUGUGUAUAACUGGUUUUCACUGUGACCAUUUUUAUCCACGAAGAGCCUAUUCAUUCUAUAUAUACAGUACCAGUCAAAAGUUUGGACACACCUACUCAUUCAAGGGUUUUUCUUUAUUUUUACUAUUUUCUACACUGUAGAAUAAAAGUGAAGACAUCACAACUAUGAAAUAACACUAAUGGAAUCUAAUAGUAACCAAAAAAUUGUUAAACAAAUCAAAAUAUAUUUUAUAUUUGAGAUUCUUCAAAUAGCCACCCUUUGCCUUGAUGACAGCUUUGCACAAUCUUGGCAUUCUCUCAACCAGCUUCAUGAGGUAGUCACCUGGAAUGCAUAUCAAUUAACGGGUGUGCCUUGUUAAAAGUUAAUUGGUGGAAUUUAUUUCCUUCUUAAUGCGUUUGAGCCAAUCAGUUGUGUUGUGACAAGGUAGGGGGGGGGUUAUACAGAAGAUAGCCCUAUUUGGUAAAAGACCAAGUCCAUAUUAUGGCAAUAACAGCUCAAAUAAGCAAAGAGAAACGACAGUCCAUCAUUACUUUAAGUCAGUCAAUAAGGAACAUUUCAAGAACUUUUAAAGUUUCUUCAAGUGCAGUCGCAAAAACCAUCAAGCGCUACGAUGACACUGACUCUCAUGAGGACCGUCACAGGAAUGGAAGACCCAGAGUUACCUAUACAACAGAGGAUAAGUUCAUUAGAGUUACCAGUCUCAGAAAUUGCAGCCAAAAUAAAUGCUUCACAGAGUUCAAGUAACAUACACAUCUCAACAUCAACUGUUCAGAGGGGACUGUGUGAAUCAGGCCUUCAUGGUCGAAUUGCUGCAAAGAAACCACUACUAAAGGACACCAAUAAGAAGAAGAGACCUGCUUGGGCCAAGAAACACGAGCAAUGGACAUUAGACCGGUGGAAAUUUGUCCUUUGGUCUGGAGUCCAAAUUGGAGAUUUUGGGUUCCAACCGCUGUGUCCAUGUGAGACGCGGAGUGGGUGAAUGGAUGAUCUACGCAUGUGUAGUUCCCAUCGUAAAGCAUGGAGGAGGAGGUGUUAUGGUGUGGGGGUGCUUUGCUGGUGACACUGUCUGUGAUUUAUUUAGAAUUCAAGGCACACUUUACCAGCAUGGCUACCACAGAAUUCUGCAGUGAUACGCCAUCCCAUCUGUUUUGGGCUUAUUGGGACUAUCAUUUGUUUUUCAACAGGACAAUGACCCAACACACCUCCAGGCUGUGUAAGCGCUAUUUUACCAAGAAGGAGAGUGAUGGAGUGCUGCAUCAGAUGACCUGGCCUCCACAAUCCCCCGACCUCAACCCAAUUGAGAUGGUUUGGGAUGAGUUGGACCGCAGAGUAAAGGAAAAGCAGCCAACAAGUACUCAGCAUAUGUGGGAACUCCUUCAAGACUGUUGGAAAAGCAUUCCAGGUGAAGCUGGUUGAGAGAAUGCCAAGAGUGUGCAAAGCUGUCAUCAAGGCAAAAGGUGGCUAUUUGAAGAAUCUCAAAUAUAAAAUAUAUUUUGAAUUGUUUAACACUUUUUGGUUUACUACAUGAUUCCAUAUGUGUUAUUUCAUAGUUUUGAUGUCUUCACUAUUAUUCUACAAUAUAAAAAAUAGUAAAAAUAAAGAAAAACCCUUGAAUGAGUAGGUGUCCAAACUUUUGACUGGUAGUGUAUGUAUAUAUUAAAGACGUGCAAUACCAUAUGCCUACCUCGAAAAAACGAAUGGUUGGUUAAUCACAUUCACUAGCUACCAGUGGUGUAAAGUCCUUAAGUAAAAAUACUUUAAAGUACUACUUAAGUAGUUGUUUGGUGUAUCUGUACUUUGCUUUACUAUAUAAAUGUUUUGACAACUUUUACUUUUACUUCACUACAUUCCUAAAGAAAAUUAUGUACUUUUUACUCCAUACAUUUUCCCUGACACUCAAAAGUACUCUUUACAUUUUGAAUGCUUAGCAGGACAGGACAAUUGCCUAAUUCACACACUUAUCAAGAGAACAUCCCUGGUCAUCCCUACUGCCUCUGAUCUGGCAGACUCACUAAACACAUGCUUCGUUUGUAAAUGAUGUCUGAGUGUUGGAGCGUGCCCUUGGCUAUCCGUAAAUUAAUAAAACAAGAAAAUGAUUUUGUCUGGUUUGCUUUAUAUAAGGAAUUUGAAAUUAUUUAUACUUGUACUUUUACUUUUGAUACUUAAGCAUAUUUUAGUAAUUACAUUUACUUUUGAUACUUAAGUAUAUUUAAAACUAAGUACUUUUAGACUUUUACUCAAGUAGUAUUUUACUGGGUGACUUUCACUUUUACUUGAGUAAUUUUCCAUUAAGGUAUCUUUACUUUUACUUAAGUAUGACAAUUGGGUACUUUUCCCACCACUGCUAGUUACCUAAAUAAAUCAGUAUACUUCAUAGGUAAUCAAAUAGCAUUCAAGAUCUAAUUUCAUCAUUUGAAGAGGAGACCCUUGGUGCAUUCUUAGUACUAACAGCGAGGGGAGCGGCCAGCUCGACCGUUGUGGUCCCGGAAGCACUGGCCGUCAGGUCCCCUGGAACUGUGAUGGGGUCCGGGGACAGGGCUAGGGUCUUCAGAAUCGCUGGGUCGUCUGGCUUACCGCAGUUCUCCCAGGAGAACCCAAAGAUCUGUGCAAUAAUAUUGAAUAGUCUAUGUUAAUGUACUAUACAUAAUGAAUUGAUAGAGUAGGUUAUUGAACAACAUUUGAAUAAAUGUAAAGAUAUUUCACUCGCCUUUGCAGAAUAUGCCGUGCGCGUUUUCUCGAAAUCCAAAGCGCCAUUCACCUGCAUUACAAUGCAUAGUGUUAUCACAGCAGCAAUCCAGUUGUUCAUUGUGCUCAACUAGUCUACAGCAGAACUAUAAAUAAUUACGGUUAAUUCAAGAUAACAGCAGAAAGCGCGUAAACUAAGAUUGUGUACGGUUAAAAAGAAUCGUUAAUGACUGUGUCAUAACACUUUGUGAGGCGGUGCGGUAAGAACUUGUUUUUCCAUUUCAUGAAGCCCUGUCCCACUUCCGUGUUUAUCAAUUUAAACCGGACGCUCGUCACGUGACAGAUCCAUAAAGCAUGCGCAAAUGUCAAUGGAAACAUCUUAAUGUUCCCUCCUCCUCAUCCUCUCUACUCUCUACUUCUUCUCAAAACCCAUUGAAGGAGAGGGUCAGAUGGGCGGGACCUCUAGCUCUCUCAUCCAAUGGAGUUUGAGAAGGAGGCGAGGAGAGGGGCGAGAGGACGCGAGGAGAAUAUAGUUGAGAUCAUCCCACGGUCAGAAGCUUAUUUACCAGAUGCAUUAGAAGCUUACUUACCGUAUGUAUUAGUUUUUGUAAUCAAUUUAAUCCCUCACUUGAUACCUCCAAUCAGGAAAUUGAUCUUUAUUCUUUAGAUUGACAAGUUGUGAUACAGGCUUUUGCGAACAAAUCUAAUCCAUAGUCUGUCCCCAGCAUAAAGAAAAUGUAGCGGUUGUCAGAUUUUUUUCUAAGCAACCACACAUCUCAGCAAAACUGCCAUCCAUUAGUAUCCCAUCCAGGUUCCAAAAAAAGCAUUUAGCGUUGCGUUUAUUUAUAGAGCCCUUUUUUACAACAGCAGUUGUCACAAAGCGCCUAUACAGAAACCGAGCCUAAAACCCCAGAGAGUAAGCAAUGCAGAUGUAGAGGCUUAAUUGGUUGCUAGCCUGAGGCACUGAAGAGAAUGCUUACACUCUGGCCUUCUAGCCCAUAGUAGUAGACUUGCCUAUGGGCCAUCUCAGUCGUUCUAUAGUGCUGUUGAUCUGCUUCCCACCACAAGAUGGAGAUGCUGUCUUUAUUUCCUCUCCCUGUGAACAGCAUGGCAUGGCCUACUCUCAGAGCUUUGGCCUUGUAGACAAUGUUGAAGGCAAAGUCCAGCUGCACAGUGUCUUGCACAAGUUGUUUUGAAUUGAAAUGUUGAAGUGGCAUUUUAAAAUCCUUUCAGUGUUGUCUUCAGGUGUUAUAACACUAUAGUAGUGCUUUAGUCAGUCACAUAGCCUAUGCCUAGUCAGUCACAUAGGCUAUGCUUAGUCAGUCAUGUAGCCUAAAUGUCAUGCAUUGACAACGUUUAUCCCAGAUAGGCAUAUGAUUGAGGAGUACGCCACAUCAGUCACUGGCUUCAUCAAUAAGUGCAUCGAUGACGUCGUCCCCACAGUGACCGUACGUACAUAGCCCAACCAGAAGCCAUGGAUUACAGGCAACAUCCGCACUGAGCUAAAGGGUAGAGCUGCCGCUUUCAAGGAGCGGGACUCUAACACGGACGCUUAUAAGAAAUCCCGCUAUGCCCUCCGACGAACCAUCAAACAGGCAAAGAGUCAAUACAGGACUAAGAUUGAAUUGUACUACACCGGCUCUGACGCUCGUCGGAUGUGGCAGGGCUUGAAAACUAUUACAGACUACAAAGGGAAACACAGCCGGGAGCUGCCCAGUGACACAAGCCUACCAGACAAGCUAAAUCACUUCUAUGCUCGCUUCGAGGCAAGCAAUACUGAAGCAUGCAUGAGAGCACCAGCUGUUCCGGAUGACAAUGUGAUCACGCUCUCCGUAGCCGAUGUGAGUAAGACUUUUAAGCAGGUCAACAUUCACAAGGCCGCAGGGCUAGAUGGAUUACCAGGACGUGUACUCCGAGCAUGUGCUGACCAACUGGCAAGUGUCUUCACUGACAUUUUCAACAUGUCCCUGACUGAGUCUGUAAUACCAACAUGUUUCAAGCAGACCACCACAGUCCCUGUGCCCAAGGACACUAAGAUAACCUGCCUAAAUGACUACCGACCUGUAGCACUCACGUCUGUAGCCAUGAAGUGCUUUGAAAGGCUGGUCAUGGCUCACAUCAACACCAUUAUCCCAGAAUCCCUAGACCCACUCCAAUUUGCAUACUGCCCCAACAGAUCCACAGAUGAUGCAAUCUCUAUUGCACUCCACACUGCCCUUUCCCACCUGGACAAAAGGAACACCUACGUGAGAAUGCUAUUCAUUGACUACAGCUCAGCGUUCAACACCAUAGUGCCCUCAAAGCUCAUCACUAAGCUAAGGAUCCUGGGACUAAACACCUCCCUCUACAACUGGAUCCUGGAUUUCCUGACGGGCCGCCCCCAGGUGGUAAGGGUAGGUAACAACACAUCUGCCACGCUGAUCCUCAACACGGGAGCCCCUCAGGGGUGCGUGCUCAGUCCCCUCCUGUACUCCCCGUUCACCCAUGACUGCAUGGCCAGGCACGACUCCAACACCAUCAUUAAGUUUGCCGACAACGAUGAGACAGCCUAUAGGGAGGAGGUCAGAGAUCUGGCCGUGUGGUGCCAGGAUAACAACCUCUCCCUCAACGUGAUCAAGACAAAGGAGAUGAUUGUGGACUACAGGAAAAAAAAGAGGACUGAGCACGUCCCCAUUCUCAUCGACGGGGCUGUAGUGCAACAGGUUGAGAGCUUCAAGUUCCUUGGUGUCCACAUCACCAACAAACUAUCAUGGUCCAAACACACCAAGACAGUCGUGAAGAGGGCACGACAAAACCUAUUCCCCCACAGGAGACUGAAAACAUUUGACAUGGGUCCUCAGAUCUUCAAAAAGUUAUACAGCUGCACCAUCGAGAGCAUCCUGACUGGUUGCAUCACCGCCUGGUAUGGCAACUGCUCUGCCUCCGACCGCAAGGCACUACAGAGGGUAGUGCGUACGGGCCAGUACAUCACUGGGGCCAAGCUUCCUGCCAUCCAGGACCUCUAUACCAGGCGGUGUCAGAGGAAGGCCUUCAAAAUUGUCAAAGACACCAGCCACCCUAGUCAUAGACUGUUCUCUCUGCUACCGCACGGCAAGCGGUACCGGAGUGCCAAGUCUAGGUCAACAGCUUCUACCCCCAAGCCAUAAGACUCCUGAACAGUUAAUCAUGGCUACGCGGACAAUUUGCACUGAGACAGCAUAAUGACAGGGCUGGUGGGACAGCUAAUAACCCUGAGACAGCAUAGUGACAGGGCUGGUGGGACAGCUAAUAACCAUGAGACAGCAUAGUGACAGGGCUGGUGGGACAGCUAAUAACCCUGAGACAGCAUAGUGACAGGGCUGGUGGGACAGCUAAUAACCAUGAGACAGCAUAAUGACAGGGCUGGUGGGACAGCUAAUAACCCUGAGACAGCAUAGUGACAAGGCUGGUGGGACAGCUAAUAACCCUGAGACAGCAUAAUAACAUUUACAUUUAAGUCAUUUAGCAGACGCUCUUAUCCAGAGCGAUUUACAAAUUGGUGCAUUCAACUUAGGAUAGCCAGUGGGACAACCAUAUCUUGAUCACAGUAAGUACAUUUCUUUAAACAAGUCCGUGCUAGCAGGUGAAAUAAGUAUGGUGUUAGUUUAGACAUAAGACAGUGGUAGUAAAGGGGGGGUAGAAGGAUUACUAUUAUACUAUUCCAGGUAUUGCUUAAAGAGGUAGGGUUUCAAGUGUCUCCGGAAGGUGGUCAGUGACUCCGCUGUCCUGGAGUCGUGGGACAGCUAAUAACCCUGAGACAGCAUAAUGAUAGGGCUGGUGGGACAGCUAAUAACCAUGAGACAGCAUAAUGACAGGGCUGGUGGGACAGCUAAUAACCCUGAGACAGCAUAGUGACAGGGCUGGUGGGACAGCUAAUAACCCUGAGACAGCAUAAUGAUAGGGCUGGUGGGACAGCUAAUAACCAUGAGACAGCAUAAUGACAGGGCUGGUGGGACAGCUAAUAACCAUGAGACAGCAUAAUGACAGGGCUGGUGGGACAGCUAAUAACCCUGAGACAGCAUAAUAAUAGGGCUGGUGGGACAGCUAAUAACCCUGAGACAGCAUAGUGACAGGGCUGGUGGGACAGCUAAUAACCCUGAGACAGCAUAGUGACAGGGCUGGUGGGACAGCUAAUAACCAUGAGACCGCAUAGUGACAGGGGUUUCAGCUAAUAACCCUGAGACAGCAUAGUGACAGGGCUGGUGGGACAGCUAAUAACCCUGAGACAGCAUAGUGACAGGGGUUUCAGCUAAUAACCCUGAGACAGCAUAGUGACAGGGCUGGUGGGACAGCUAAUAACCAUGAGACAGCAUAGUGACAGGGCUGGUGGGACAGCCAAUAACCAUGAGACAGCAUAGUGACAGGGCUGGUGGGACAGCUAAUAACCCAUGAGACAGCAUAGUGACAGGGCUGGUGGGACAGCUAAUAACCAUGAGACAGCAUAGUGACAGGGCUGGUGGGACAGCUAAUAACCAUGAGACAGCAUAGUGACAGGGCUGGUGGGACAGCUAAUAACCAUGAGACAGCAUAGUGACAGGGCUGUGUUACCAUGUCUAGCUAUGGACAUUAAAUGGGAAUGACAUUAUGUUUUCAAGUAGGGCUAUAACACCAUGUAAUAGGGCUGGUAGGGCUGUAACACCAUGUAAUAGGGCUGGUAGGGCUGUAACACCAUGUAAUAGGGCUGGUAGGGCUGUAACACCAUGUAAUAGGGCUGGUAGGGCUGUAACUCCAUGUAAUAGGGCUGGUACUGCUGUAACACCAUGUAAUAGGGCUGGUAGGGCUGUAACACCAUGUAAUAGGGCUGGUAGGACUGUAACACCAUGUAAUAGGGCUGGUAGGGCUGUAACACCAUGUAAUAGGGCUGGUAGGGCUGUAACACCAUGUAAUAGGGCUGGUAGGGCUGUAAACACCAUGUAAUAGGGCUGGUAGGGCUGCUGUUGGAACACCAUGUAAUAGGGCUGGUAGGGCUGUAACACCAUGUAAUAGGGCUGGUACUGCUGUAACACCAUGUAAUAGGGCUGGUAGGCUGUAACUCCAUGUAAUAGGGGCUGGUACUGCUGUAACACCAUGUAAUAGGGCUGGUAGGGCUGUAACACCAGUGUAAUAGGCUGGUAGGACUGUAACACCAUGUAAUAGGGCUGGUAGGGCUGUAACACCAUGUAAUAGGGCUGGUAGGGCUGUAACACCAUGUAAUAGGGCUGUAGGGCGUAACACCAUGUAAUAGGGCUGGUAGGUGCUGUAACACCCAUGUAUAAGGGCUGGUAGGGCUGUAACACCAUGUUAUAGGGCUGGUAGGGCUGGUAGGGCUGUAAACACCAUGUAAUAGGGCUGGUAGGGCUGUAACACCAUGUAAUAGGGCUGGUAGGGCUGGUAGGGCUGUAACACCAUGUAAUAGGGCUGGUAGGGCUGUAACACCAUGUAAUAGGGCUGGUAGGGCUGUAACACCAUGUAAUAGGGCUGGUAGGGCUGUAACACCAUGUAAUAGGGCUGGUAGGGCUGUAACUCCAUGUAAUAGGGCUGGUAGUGGCUGUAACACCAUGUAAUAGGGCUGGUAGGGCUGUAACACCAUGUAAUAGGGCUGGUAGGGCUGUAACUCCAUGUAAUAGGGCUGGUAGGGCUGUAACACCAUGUAAUAGGGCUGGUAGUGGCUGUAACACCAUGUAAUAGGGCUGGUAGGGGGCUGUAAACACCAUGUAAUAGGGCUGGUAAGGGGCUGUAACACCAUGUUAUAGGGCUGGUAGGGCUGUAACACCAUGUAAUAGGGCUGGUAGGGCUGUAACACCAUGUAAUAGGGCUGGUAGGGCUGUAACACCAUAUAAUAGGGCUGGUAGGGCUGGUAGGGCUGUAACACCAUGUAAUAGGGCUGGUAGGGCUGUAACACCAUGUACUAUAUCCUUGUAUUUCUACUGCUGUAUUAUCAAAUGAAUUAUCUAAAUGAGUCUCAGAAAUGGCUAAUAUAUUAAUGUUAUCUGAUGUUAGCAAGAUCUUGAUUUCAUUAACCUUAUUUCUGUUGCUACAUAGGGUUGGUAGGGCUUGUAGGGAUAGUAAGGAUGUAUGCUGGUUGGGUUGGUAGGGCUGGUAGGGACGGUAGGGAUGUAUGAUGGUAGGGCUGGUAGAGCUUGUAGGGUUGGUAGGGCUGGUAAGGACAGUAAGGAUGUAUGCUGGUAGGGCUGGAAGGUCUUGUAGGGAUGGUAGGGCUGGUAGGGCUGAUAGGGCUGGAAGGGCUUGUAGGGAUGGUAGGGCUGGUAGGGAUGUAUUCUGUAUAGCUGGUAGGGCUGGUAGCGAUGUUACGGAUGUAUGCUGGUAGGGCUGGUAGGGAUGGUAGGGCUGGUAGGGCUGCUGGGGCUGGUAGGGAUGUAUGCUGGUAGGGCUGCUAGGGAUGUAUGGUGGUAGGGCUUGUAGGGCUUGUAGGGAUGGUAGGGCUUGUAUGGCUGGUAGGGCUGGUAGGGAUGGUAGGGAUGUAUGCUGGCAGGGUUGGUAGGGCUUUUUUGGGAUGGUAGGGUUUUAUACUGGUAGGGCUGAUAGGGUUGGUAGGGCUGGUAAGGAUGUAUACUGGUAGGGUUGGUAGGGCUAGUAGGGCUGGUAGGGAUGGUAUGGCUGGUAGGGAUGGUAGGGCUGGUAGGGAUGGUAGGUAUUGUAGAGAUGGUAGGGCUGGUAAGGAUGGUAGGCAUGUAUGCUGGUAGGGCUGUUGGGCUGGUAGGGCUGGCAAGGCUGGUAGGAAUGGUAGGGCUGUAUGCUGGUAAGGCUGGUGGGGAUGGUAGGGAUUGUAGGGCUGUAUGCUGGUAGGGCUGGAUGUAUGCUGGUACGGCUGGUAGGGCUGGUAGGGAUGGUAGGGCUGGUAGGGAUGGUAGGGCUGGUAUGGAUGGUAGAGAUGGUAAGGAUGUAUGCUGGUAGGGUUGGUAGGGCUGGUAGGGAUGGUAGUGAUGGUAGAGGUGUUUGCUGGUAGGGCUGCUAGGGCUGGUUGGGUUGUAUCCUGGUAGGAAUGUUAGGGAUGUAUGCUGGUAGGGAUGGUAGGGAUGGUAGGAAUGGAUUUGAUGUAUGAUGAUAGGGAUGUGUGAUAUUAGGGCUGGUAGGGCUGGUAGGGCUGGUAGGGAUGGUAGGGGCUGGUAGGGCUGGUAGGGCUGGUAGGGCUGGUAGGGCUGGUAGGGCUGGUAGGGCUGGUAGGGAUGGUAGGGAUGGUAGGAAUGGAUUUGAUGUAUGAUGAUAGGGAUGUGUGAUGUUAGGGCUGGUAGGGCUGGUAGGGCUGGUAGGGCUGGUAGGGAUGGUAGGGCUGGUAGGGCUGGUAGGGCUGGUAGGGCUGGUAGGGCUGGUAGGGCUGGUAGGGAUGGUAGGGCUGGUAGGGCUGGUAGGGCUGGUAGGGCUGGUAGGGCUGGUAGGGAUGGUAGGGCUGGUAGUGGUAGGGAUGGUAGGGAUGGUAGGGAUGGUAGGGAUGGUAGGGCUGGGUAGGGCUGGUAGGGCUGGUAGGGAUGGUAGGGCUGGUAGGGCUGGUAGGGAUGGUAGGGCUGGUAGGGCUGGUAGGGCUGGUAGGGCUGGUAGGGAUGGUAGGGCUGGUAGGGCUGGUAGGGCUGGUAGGGAUGGUAGGGAUGGUAGGGCUGGUAGGGAUGGUAGGGAUGGUAGGGCUGGUUAGGGCUGGUAGGGAUGGUAGGGCUGGUAGGGCUGGUAGGGCUGGUAGGGAUGGUAGGGAUGGUAGGGCUGGUAGGGCUGGUAGGGCUGGUAGGGAUGGUAGGGCUGGUAGGGCUGGUAGGGGCUGGUAGGGAUGUGUUCUGGUAGGAUAGGUAGGGAGGUAUGCUGGUAGGGAUGGUAGGGCUGGUAGGGAUGGUAGGGAUGGUAGGGAUGGUAGGGAUGGUAGGGAUGGUAGGGAUGUACAAGUAUUUGAUACACUGCCGAUUUUGCAGGUUUUCCUACUUACAAAGCAUGUAGAGGUCUGUAAUGUUUAUCAUAGGUACACUUCAACUGUGAGAGACGGAAUCUAAAACAAAAAUCCAGAAAAUCACAUUGUAUGAUUUUUAAGUAAUUAAUUUGCAUUUUAUUGCAUGACAUAAGUAUUUGAUACAUCAGAAAAGCAGAACUUAAUAUUUGGAACAGAAACCUUUGUUUGCAAUUACAGAGAUCAUACGUUUCCUGUAGGUCUUGACCAGGUUUGCAUACACUGCAGCAGGGAUUUUGGCCCACUCCUCCAUACAGACCUUCUCCAGAUCCUUCAGGUUUCGGGGCUGUUGCUGGGCAAUACGGACUUUCAGCUCCAUCCAAAGAUUUUCUAUUGGGUUCAGGUCUGGAGACUGGCUAGGCCACUCCAGGACCUUGAGAUGCUUCUUACGGAGUCACUCCUUAGUUGCCCUGGCUGUGUGUUUCGGGUCGUUGUCAUGCUGGAAGACCCAGACACGACCCAUCUUCAAUGCUCUUACUGAGGGAAGGAGGUUGUUGGCCAAGAUCUCGCGAUACAUGGCCCCAUCCAUCCUCCCCUCAAUACGGUGCAGUCGUCCUGUCCCCUUUGCAGAAAAGCAUAACUAAAGAAUGAUGUUUCCACCUCCAUGCUUCACGGUUGGGAUGGGGUUCUUGGGGUUGUACUCAUCCUUCUUCUUCCUCCAAACACGGCGAGUGGAGUUUAGACCAAAAAGCUCUAUUUUUGUCUCAUCAGACCACAUGACCUUCUCCCAUUCCUCCUCUGGAUCAACCAGAUGGUCAUUGGCAAACUUCAGACGGGCCUGGACAUGCGCUGGCUUGAGCAGGGGGACCUUGCGUGCGCUGCAGGAUUUUAAUCCAUGACGGCAUAGUGUGUUACUAAUGGUUUUCUUUGAGACUGUGGUCCCAGAUCUCUUUAGGUCAUUGACCAGGUCCUGCCGUGUAGUUCUGGGCUGAUCCCUCACCUUCCUCAUGAUCAUUGAUGCCCCACGAGGUGAGAUCUUGCAUGGAGCCCCAGACCGAGGGUGAUUGACCGUCAUCUUGAACUUCUUCCAUUUUCUAAUAAUUGCGCCAACAGUUGUUGCCUUCUCACCAAGCUGCUUGCAUAUUGUCCUGUAGCCCAUCCCAGCCUUGUGCAGGUCUACAAUUGUAUCCCUGAUGUCCUUACACAGCUCUCUGGUCUUGGCCAUUGUGGAGAGGUUGGAGUCUGUUUGAUUGAGUGUGUGGACAGGUGUCUUUUAUACAGGUAACGAGUUCAAACAGGUGCAGUUAAUACAGGUAAUGAGUGGAGAACAGGAGGGCUUCUUAAAGAAAAACUAACAGGUCUGUGAAAGCCGGAAUUCUUACUGGUUGGUAGGUGAUCAAAUACUUAUGUCAUGCAAUAAAAUAAAAAUUAAUUACUUAAAAAUCAUACAAUGUGAUUUUCUGGAUUUUUGUUUUAGAAGUGUACCUAUGAUAAAAAAUUACAGACCUCUACAUGCUUUGUAAGUAGGAAAACCUGCAAAAUCGGCAGUGUAUCAAAUACUUGUUCUCCCCACUGUAUGCUCGUAGGGAUGGUAGUGAUGUAUGAUGGUAGGGAUGUAUGACGGUAGAAGUGUAUGAUGGUAGGGAUGUAUGAUGUAGGGCUGGUAGGGCUGGUAGGGCUAGUAGGGCUGGUAGGGCUGUAUCCUGGUAGUAAUGGUAGGGAGGUGUGCUGGUAGGGCUGGUAGGGACGCAUGCUGGUAGGACAGGUAGUGAUGGUAGGGCUGGAAGGCCUGGUAGGGAGGGUAGGGCUGGUAGGGCUGAUAGGGCUGGUAGGGCUGGUAGGGAUGGUAGGGAGGGUAGGGCUGGUAGGGAUGGUAGGUAGGGUAGGGCUGGUAGGGCUGGUAGGGAUGGUAGGGCUGGUAGGGCUGGUAGGGAUGGUAGGGCUGAUAGGGAGGGUAGGGAUGGUCGGGAGGGUAGGGAGGGUAGGGCUGGUAGGGCUGGUAGGGCUGGUAGGGCUGUAUCCUGGUAGUAAUGGUAGGGAGGUGUGCUGGUAGGGCUGGUAGGGAUGUAUGCUCGUAGGGAUGUAUGAUGGUAGGGGUGUUGAAUGAUGGUAGGGAUGUAUGAUGGUAGGGAUGUAUGAUGUAGGGAUGUAUGAUGGUAGGGAUGUAUGAUGGUAGCGAUGUAUGAUGGUAGUGAUGUAUGUUGGUAGGAAUAGUAGGGUUGGUAGGGAUGUAUGAUGGUAGGGUUGUAUGACGGUAGGGGUGUAUGAUGGUAGGGAUGUAUGAUGGUAGGGAUGUAUGAUGGUAGGGAUGUAUGAUGGUAGUGAUGUAUAAUGGUAGGAAUAGUAGGGUUGGUAGGGAUGUAUGAUGGUAGAGAUGUAUGAUGGUAGGGGUGUAUGAUGGUAGGAAUGUAUGAUGGUAGGGGUGUAUGAUGGCAGGGAUGUAUGACAGUAGGGCUGGUGGUGCUGGUAGGGAUGUAUGAUAGUAGGAUGUAUGAUGGUAGGGAUGUAUGAUGGUAGGGAUGUAUGACGGUAGGGUUGUAUGAUGGUAGGGAUGUAUGAUGGUAGGGAUGUAUGAUGGUAGGGGUGUAUGAUGGCAGGGAUGUAUGACGGUAGGGGUGUGUGAUGGUAGGGAUGUAUGAUAGUAGGGAUGUAUGAUAGUAGAGAUGUAAGAUGGUAGGGAUGUAUGAUGGUAGUAAUGUAUGACGGUAGGGGUAUAUGAUGGUAUGGAUGUAUGAUGGUAGGGAUGUAUGAUGGUAGGUAUGUAUGAUGGUAUGGAUGUAUGAUGGUAUGGAUGUAUGAUGGUAGUGAUGUAUGAUGGUAUGGAUGUAUGAUCAUAUGGAGGUAUGAUGGUAGGGAUGUAUGAUGGUAGUGAUGUAUGAUGGUAGGGAUGUAUGAUGGUAUGGAUGUAUGAUCGUAUGGAGGUAUGAUGGUAGGGAUGUCUGAUGGUAGUGAUGUAUGAUGGUAGGGAUGUUUGAUGGUCUGGAUGUAUGAUCGUCUGGGGUUAUGCGGUAGGGAUGUAUGAUGGUAGUGAUGUAUAAUCAUUGGAGUAUCAUGGUAGGGAUGUAGAUGGUAGGGAUGUAUGGUGGUAGGAUGUAUGAUGGUCAGGGAUGUAUGAUCGUAUGGAGGUAUGAUGGUAGGGAUGUAUGAUGGUAGUGAUGUAUGAUGGUAGGGAUGUAUGAUGGUAUUGAUGUAUGAUGGUAGUGAUGUAUGAUGGUAGUGAUAUAUGAUGGUAGUGAUGUAUGAUGGUAGGGAUGUAUGAUGGUUGGGAUGUAUGACGGUAGGGAUGUAUGAUGGUAGACGAUGUAUGUGGUAGGGAUGUAUGCUGGUAGGGAUGUAUGAUGGUAGGCGAUGUAUGAUGGUUGGAUGUCUGAUGGUAGGGAUGUAUGAUGGUAGAGGAUGUUUGAUGGUAGGGUGUAUUUGGUAGUGAUGUAUGAUGGUAGUGAUUAUGAUGGUCGUGAUGUAUGAUGGUAGUGAUGUAUGAGGGUGGGAUGUAUGCUGAUGGUGUAUGCUGGUACGGGCUUCUGAUGGUAGGGUUGUAUGAUGGUAGGGUUGUUGAUGGUAGGCGAUGUAUGAUGUCGGGAUGUAUUAUGGUCAGUGAUGUAUGAUGGUGUUGUCUCUGAUGGUCGUGAUGUAUGAUGGUAGUGAUGUUGAUGGUAGGGAUGUAUGAUGGUAGUGAUAUAUGAUGGUAGGCGAUGUAUGAUGGUAGGGAUGUAUUAUGGUAGUGAUGUAUGAUGGUAGUGAUAUAUGAUGGUAGUGAUGUAUGAUGGUAGGGAUGUAUGAUGGUAGGGUUGUAUGAUGGUAGGGAUGUAUGAUGGUAGGCGAUGUAUGAUGGUAGGGAUGUAUUAUGGUAGUGAUGUAUGAUGGUAGUGAUACAUGAUGGUAGUGAUAUAUGAUGGUAGUGAUGUAUGAUGGUAGUGAUACAUGAUGGUAGUGAUGUAUGAUGGUAGGGAUGUAUGAUGGUAGGCGAUGUAUGAUGGUAGGGAUGUAUUAUGGUAGUGAUGUAUGAUGGUAGUGAUACAUGAUGGUAGUGAUAUAUGACGGUAGUGAUGUAUGAUGGUAGUGAUAUAUGAUGGUAGGCGAUGUAUGAUGGUAGGGAUGUAUGAUGGUAGUGAUGUAUGAUGGUAGUGAUAUAUGAUGGUAGUGAUGUAUGAUGGUAGGGAUGUAUGAUGGUAGCGAUGUAUUAUGGUAGUGAUGUAUGAUGGUAGUGAUACAUGAUGGUAGUGAUGUAUGAUGGUAGGGAUGUAUGAUGGUAGGGUUGUAUGAUGGUAGAGUUGUAUGAUGGUAGGCGAUGUAUGAUGGUAGGGAUGUAUUAUGGUAGUGAUGUAUGAUGGUAUUGAUAUAUGAUGGUAGUGAUGUAUGAUGGUAGUGAUGUAUGAUGGUAUGAUCCAGACUCUGUCGCAGCCGGCCGCGACCAGGAGACUCAUGGGCGGCGCACAAUUGGCCCAGCGUCGUCCAGGGUAGGGGAGGGAAUGGCCGGCAGGGAUGUUGCUCAGUUGAUAGAGCAUGGCGUUUGCAAUGCCAGGGUUGUGGGUUCGAUUCCCACGGGGGGCCAGUAUAAAAAAAAUAAUAAAAAUAUGUAUUCACUAACUGUAAGUCGCUCUGGAUAAGAGCGUCUGCUAAAUGAUUAAAAUGUAAAUGUAAAUUAUGUAUGAUGGUAGGGAUGUAUUAUGGUAGUGAUGUAUGAUGGUAGUGAUACAUGAGGAUAGGGAUGUAUGAUGGUAGGGAUGUAUGAUGGUAGGGAUGUAAUAUAUAUAUAUAUAUAUAUAUAUUUUUUUUUUAGUCAUUUAGCAGACGCUCUUAUCCAGAGCGACUUACAGGAGCAAUUAGGGUUAAGUGCCUUGCUCAAGGGCACAUCGACAGAUUUUUCACCUAGUAGGCUCAGGGAUUAGAACCAGCGACCUUUCGGUUACUGGCACAACGCUCUUAACCACUAAGCUACCUGAUGGUAGUGAUGUAUGAUGGUAGGGAUGUAUGAUGGUAGUGAUGUAUGAUGGUAGGGAUGUAUGAUGGUAUGGAUGUAUGAUCGUAUGGAGGUAUGAUGGUAGGGAUGUAUGAUGGUAGUGAUGUAUAAUCAUAUGGAGGUAUCAUGGUAGGGAUGUAUGAUGGUAGGGAUGUAUGAUCGUAUGGAGGUAUGAUGGUAGGGAUGUAUGAUGGUAGUGAUGUAUGAUGGUAUGGAUGUAUGAUGGUAGGGAUGUAUGACGGUAGGGAUGUAUGAUGGUAGACGAUGUAUGAUGGUAGGGAUGUAUGAUGGUAGUGAUGUAUGAUGGUAGUGAUAUAUGAUGGUAGUGAUGUAUGAUGGUAGGGAUGUAUGAUGGUAGGGAUGUAUGACGGUAGGGAUGUAUGAUGGUAGACGAUGUAUGAUGGUAGGGAUGUAUGAUGGUAGGGAUGUAUGAUGGUAGGCGAUGUAUGAUGGUAGGGAUGUAUGAUGGUAGGGAUGUAUGAUGGUAGGCGAUGUAUGAUGGUAGGGAUGUAUUAUGGUAGUGAUGUAUGAUGGUAGUGAUAUAUGAUGGUAGUGAUGUAUGAUGGUAGUGAUGUAUGAUGGUAGGGAUGUAUGAUGGUAGGGAUAUGACUGGUUAGUGCUGUAUGAUGGUAGGGAUGUUGAUGGUAGGGUUGUUGAUGGUCGUGAUGUAUGAUGGUAGUGCUGUAUGAUGGUAGGGAUGUAUGAUGGUAGGGUUGUAUGCUGGUAGGCGAUGUAUGAUGGUAGGGAUUAUUAUGGUUAGUGAUGUAUGAUGGUAGUGAAUUGAUGGUCGUGAUGUUGAUGGUAGUGCUGUCUGAUGGUAGUGAUGUAUUGCUGGUCGGGUGUAUGGUGGUAGUGAUAUAUGAUGGUAGGCGAUGUAUGAUAGUAGGGAUGUAUUAUGGUAGUGAUGUAUGAUGGUAGUGAUACAUGAUGGUAGUGAUGUAUGAUGGUAGUGAUGUAUGAUGGUAGUGAUAUAUGAUGGUAGUGAUGUAUGAUGGUAGUGAUGUAUGAUGGUAGGGAUGUAUGAUGGUAGGGAUGUAUGAUGGUAGUGAUGUUGAUGUAAGGCCUGGUCGGGCUUUCUGCUUGGAUAGUCGCUGUAUGCUGGUCGGGCCUGUUGCUGGUUGGUUGUCUCGCUUGGUCUGGCUGCUUUGCUGGUCGUGCUGUCUGCAUGUAGAGGUGUAUGAUGGAGGUUGUAUGAUGGUAGGGUUGUAUGAUGGUAGGGUUUUAUGAUGGUGCCACAGCCCACUGUUUAGUAAGUGCUCUACAAACACCAACAAACAAGACCAUGUCUGUGUCUGUAAUGACACCCUAUUCCCUAUGUUGUGCAAUACUUUUGACCAUCCCACAUAGGGCUCUGGUCAAAAGUAUUGCACUAUAUAUGAAGUAGGGUUGCCAUUACAGACACAGAGCAAGGCUGUCUGGCACACAUCCAACUGCUGCUGUCGUCAGUUCUCAUUCUCAAUAUGAGUUAAAGCAGUAGUGUGAGAGCACAGUUUCCUUCUAUGUUUUCUAGUUUAUACAGGACUAA